CCCCGGCUCCGCCGCCUCCCGGCUCGCAGUGCCCGAGCCGCCGGCGGUUGCGAACCUGCCGCCGUGCGCGGCCCGCCGGGCGCCGCGGCCUGCGGGCGGGCGCUGGUUGGCGGCGGGGGGACACGUGAGGGGGGCGGCGGCGGCGGCGGCAGGAGUUUCCCCGACAGCUGGAGGUUGCGGCGGCGGCUCCUCCUCCCCGGGUCCCCGUUAGAGCCGAGAGACCCCCCGCGCUCCUCCUUAUUGACAAACACACAAAGGGCUGCGCCGGGGCCGGGCCGGGGACGCGUCUGGAGCCGGCAUGGGAGACAAGAAGAGCCCGACCAGGCCGAAGCGGCAGCCGAAACCCUCCUCGGACGAGGGCUACUGGGACUGCAGCGUCUGCACCUUCCGCAACAGCGCCGAGGCCUUCAAGUGCAUGAUGUGCGACGUGAGGAAGGGCACCUCCACACGGAAACCUCGACCUGUCUCUCAGCUGGUUGCACAACAGGUUCCUCAGCAGUUCGUGCCCCCUACCCAAUCAAAGAAAGAGAAAAAAGACAAAGUAGAAAAGGAAAAAAGUGAAAAGGAAACAACAAGCAAAAAGAACAGUCAUAAGAAAACCAGGCCAAGAUUGAAAAAUGUGGAUCGAAGUAGUGCUCAGCAUUUGGAAGUUACCGUGGGAGAUCUUACAGUCAUAAUUACAGACUUUAAGGAGAAAACUAAGUCACCACCUGCUUCCAGUGCUGCUUCUGCAGAUCAACACAGUCAGAGUGGUUCUAGCUCUGACAACACAGAGAGGGGAAUGUCCAGGUCAUCCUCGCCCAGAGGAGAAGCGUCAUCACUGAAUGGGGAAUCUCAUUAAAGUUUUAUUUCCUCAGUUUCUUUAGUCUCUUCCCUUCAAAACAUGCAAAUACAUAACUGCUGUCACCUGUUACCACAUUUUCAUGACAGAUUGUUCAUGCACAAUUGGUAUGUUGACUGGAACAUAAUUUAUGCAGUUUUAAAUAAAGGAAAAAAAGUGCAGUGGUAGAAACAAUAAUUUAAAUUCAAUCUACAAAUGCUUACAGACCAUUUUCAGACCAACUUUUUAAUCUUCAUGUGUAAAGGUGCCAUGAAAAUGUGGUUUGAAUGUUCAUUAUGCAGUGUUACUGGUAAGUCCAUUUUCACUUUUAGUUUAGUGAAUUCUAACACAACUCUUGGAGUCUUUACUAUUGGCAUGUACUGAAUUUAAAUUUUUAUAACAUAGUUCAAGCUGCCUAAAUAUGUAUUAUUUGAGAAUUGUGAAACAUAGUUAUAUGUAUGCAAGUCAAAGAUCAACUUAAUCAACUAUUGCUGCAACAGAAUUUUCAUAAUAAUUAUCUUAAAAACACCUGCUGGUACUUGGUGUGGUUAAAUAGGGAAAAUGUUAUUAAAUGAAACGUUUGUAUGAAUUUUUGCCAAUGUUUGACACGUUUUACUAGAUUUACUGAAUUAUGUUGAUGGGUUUACCAAUAUUUUUUCACACUUUAAAACACUUAUUGUAAUGUUUACAAGCAAAAUAGAAAACACAUUCUAAGCAUUGAUUUGUUAACCUUACAAUUCAGGUAAAGUAUGACAUUGUCACUGUACACUGUUAUUCUAUGUUGUGUAACAAAUAUUGAACCUCAGAUGACAGUGAAUUUGACAAAACCCAACAUUUGGAAAUAUGAAAGUUUGGAAAAGCUUUAAAAUAGCAGAAGUGCAUUUCUCAUUUCUGCUUAGUGCUGUUUCCUUGGCCCAAAUUUAUCUAGUGUCACAUAGUCACUUAUUUCAUCACACGAAUAUCAGGUGUUGCACAAGAAUAAGGAAGUAACAGUACUAUUAAUUUUUUGUUCCUGAAUCAAUUUCUUUAAUGUUGAUUUGGCCUAUUUGAAUAUAUUAUGUCAUAAAUCAUAUUAAAAAACUCAGUACCCUACUUUAUGGCAUAAGCUGCCAACUUUUAUGCACUUAGCAAUAUACUGAUGCAGAGCAGAACUAUUUACAAUCCCAUCUGGUAUUAUGUAAAAUUACUAAUAAAAUAUUUUUGUGAAUACAGAUUUUGCAUUUUUGUUUACAACCAAUAAGUGUUUUGACACACACAUGCAAUCCAUGUAUAGAUUUUAAAUUAUAGAUUCAGGUUCAGUACAAAUGUCCAUUUAGCUCCUUUUAGUGAGGUAGGCUGCUUAUUCCUAUGAUUCUUUUCUUUUUCAUUCAAAGUAAAUAUAUUUUUAAGCCCAUGUAAAAGUUGGAUAGACCUUAUUGGUAGUGAAUCCAGCCCCAGAUUAUUACCAGUAUAUAUUACCAACGUAUGAUAUGUCUCCUAACAGCUGAAGCAAUGGAUUUUUGUAGCCCCUGACAAUUGUGAUGUUUGGUGGUUUCUUGUAGUAAUGUAUUUUUCUGUUUUUAAUGCAGUACUUCUACAGGCACAAUGGUACUGUUCUAUUUUGUAAGAUGGUAGUUGUGAAAUACAGUUAGUUGCAUAAAAUGGAAGUCUGAUGUGAUAUCUGAGAACAUACAUACCUCAUUCCUUGGUGUUGCUGUUUAAACUUUUUAGACAUCAAAUGUUAAUUAUAGGCUAUUUCAGAUGGAUAACUACUGACCUGUUUAUUAUGUAUCCUGCUUUAUCUUACUAAAUAGGAUGUCUGUUCAUUGCCAUUACCUGGCCAAAUCUUAGUAUCUGUAAAACGAUGCAUUUUAAGGUUCUUAAAUGUUUUGGGGGCUGGGCUGGUAUGCAGAAUAACAUACACUAGUUUUUGAAAGAAAAAAUACAUGCUUCUGAACUUUAUUUUUUUUUAUAUAUUUUAUUUUUAGGUGGGACUAUUUGCAGAAUAUACUGAUGUAAUGGAUUACAAGGGAGCUGAAACUGUUUAAAGUAAGCAGUUUAAUGGUAGCAGAUCUCAGUGAAAGAUGUUUUAUGAAAUGUGUUUCUAAUUUAAAAUGUAAUGAAUGCUAACACAUUUCAGAAUUCCUUGCAAACAAAUAAUAACCUAUUACCAGUAGUUCACUAAAUGGGAAACGUAUUUUCAUUUAACUUUAUGUGAAUAAGCCACCCAGCACUGCCAACAAAGAGGGCUCUUUGUAUCUUCAGAAACGAGCUGCCAUUUGGUUUGGACGGAAGGGAGGAUGGAGUGGACUUUACUAUGAUUCAGCUGUUUCCAGAGAUUACUCUCAGAAAUGUGGUAUAAGUAUGGUUAUAAUCAAAAAAGAAUACAGAAAAGUCUCACUGUUCUUUAUGGAAUAAGGCAUAGAAAUGCAGUUUCUAAUCAGAGAUACAGUUGUAAAAUCUCUAAUUCUAGAUCCUAGUCAUCUAGGAUCUAAAAACUGAGCUGUGGUGGUUUUGACUGAACUAUUAUGUUGUCAGCGUUUACAUUGCAAUGAUGCCUGUUUUGGCAUUUGUUAAGGUAAUGUUUGCCUGUUUGUGAUAAAGGGAUGUGACAAUACUGACAGCAGAGUAGAUGAAUUCUAAGUAGAAUAUGGCAUUUGGCUCUGUUCAUGUUAUAAUUUAAAUGAACUUCACUUUCAUAAUUUCUAAAUAUUUUUGACUUGUAGUAAUCCUAAAACCUUUUUCUAACUGUAAAUAUAUUUAAAAGCAUCCUUACUCCAUUUAUAAAAGGUGGAAAUUUAA